AUGACAUCAACUCAUGCAAAAUGUAAUGGCAUUUCGGAAUGCUUCGAUUCGUCUGAUGAAAUCAGUUGUAACAGACCAGAUGACGGAUCUUGCAUAGAGGAGGAAUUCACAUGUCCAGACGGCCGCUGUAUUCAUGUCAGUAAAGUUUGUGACUUUGUUGAAGAUUGUGUGGAAGCUGCUGACGAAUUUUGUGAAUUUCCGAGUUGUACAGAUGAUCAAUAUAAAUGUGCUAGUGGACAGUGUAUCCGCUUAGACGAACGUUGUGAUUCAUUCAAACACUGUUUUGAUGAAAGCGAUGAAACAAACUGUGAUGUGUGUGAUGUAAGUAAAGCUUUCCAGUGUGGUGAUAGAUCGUGUAUUUCUGUGCGUCUCGUAUGCGACAUGCAUUGUGAUUGCCCGGAUGGUUCUGAUGAGAUGUCAUGUGACCGAGAGUAUAAAACCUGCGAAGAUAUAUGGCGAAGCGGAAAAACAAAUAGUGGAUAUUUCCAUAUAGGACAAUCAUACUAUAUCUAUUGCAAUUUUGAUUGGCUUGGAAAAGAUGGAGGAUUGUUGAGUGGGUGGAUGAGUGUGCAAUAUCUAAAUACCGACUGGAAACAGCUGACUGCUAAUACCUUUAUUAUCGAAGCAGCGGGCGUUAGUAACGCAUUACACAAUGGAUACAGCUGUAGUCAAAAGGCAAGUUCAAUAAAAUGA